UGGAUUAUUCGACACGACUGACGCGAUGUGGCUGUCUGUGAAGGAAAGAUACGAGGAGGCAUUCAUUCUCUUCUCUACGAGCGUGUUUCUUUGAGGAAAAAAAUGCCUCUUUUUGUAAACCAGGACCAGAUAUGUGCGCAUCAGGUAUACCUACUGGAGCACAAACUGAGGAGUAAAGAGGAGCGAAUACUGGAACUGGAGACCGAGAAUGCUAUUCUCCAUUUAAGACUUGGCGAGUGUUUGGGGAAACUCCGUCGUGACCAUGAAGUGGAGGCCCUGAACUAUCAUCAGCACCAGAGGGAUGCUCGGAAGAUAACCAUGACGGCCCUCGCCAAACUGCUCGCCGAGGUCCAGGCUGUGAAGCAGGACUUGAGUGAACUUGUCGCAGUGUAUUUCACUUUUUCCAGUGAGCUGGAGGAGCAGAGCAAGCAGCUGCUGGAAAAAGUAGAGCAAGCCAGCUGUUCUCUGAAUGGUCACCGUGGAGACGAGGUUCAGAAUUUGCAAGCGAGUGUUGCAGCUCUGGAGCGCUCUCUGGAGGAGGAGAGGGAGAGGUGCAGGGCAGAGAGCCAGCGCAGGAAAGAACUCCAUAACGCUCUGGUGGAGUUGAGAGGGAACAUCCGAGUUCACUGCAGGGUGCGACCACUUCUACCCUUUGACCACGUCCAGUCCUCCACGUCUGGAUCAAGGCCGAUGUCCUCAGAAGAAGUGGUCUCUGCAAUCAGCGAUGACACGGUGAUGGUGAAUUGCAGAAAAACAGGGAUGCCGCUGCAAAACAAGAUGUUUGAGUUUGAGAGAGUGCACGGAGCAGAGGAUUCACAGGAGGCCGUGUUUCAGGAAGUGCAGCCGCUCCUCACUUCUCUGAUGGACGGCUAUAAUGUGUGUAUCAUGGCGUACGGGCAGACAGGCAGUGGGAAGACUCACACCAUGAUGGGGUCCUAGCUGCUGGAGGAGCACUCGGGGACGCAGCAGGAGGCACAGCAGGGUAUUAUCCCCAAAGCUUCUGCGGAGCUCUUUCGGCUGAUCUCUGAGAAGCCGGCAGAGAGCCUCAGAGUGGAGGUAUCAGUGAUGGAGGUGUAUAACAACGAGGUGCUUGACCUUCUGGCCAGAGAUGCGCAGGGCAACAGUGCCGACCAGCGCCGGGACGUCAUCACCACCUCCUCUGGCACCAGCCAGGUCACCUCCCUCACGAAUGAGACUGUGCAUAAUGCCUCUGAGGUGAUGCAGAUCAUCAGCGGCGUUUUAAAGCUCAGGGCUCACUGUCCCACCCUGGUGCACACCGACUCCUCGCGCUGCCACCUCGUUGUCACCCUCACCAUCUCCUCCAAGAGCCCCAGCGCUCUGGCCCUGGCCCGCAGGCUACAGAGAGCCAAGAAGGACAUGCAGCGCUCCGCUCGGAAGGAGUGGUGGAGUCCCCGCUGUCGCCGUGCCAACCCUGCCGCCCACCACGCAUCUGACGAUCAUCUCUUCGCGAGCACGCCCUCCUCUCCAUGCCGCUCCCCUUCCCAGUCUCCAUGCCCCUCCCCCAGGCCCAGCAUCUCUCAGGCUCCUUUCAGGACCAAGCUGCAGCUGGUGGACCUGGCGGGGAGCGAGUGUGUCGGUAUGUCUGGAGUUUCGGGUGCAGCUCUGUGGGAGGUGUCCUGUAUAAACCGCAGCCUCUCUGCUCUGUCCGAUGUCCUGGGAGCUCUGGCCGAGCAGAGACCACACGUCCCCUACAGGAACAGCAAACUCACUCAUCUGUUACAGGACGCCAUCGGUGAGACACACACACACACACACACACACACGCUCUCUCCCUCUCUGUUAUAUGACCUAUGACUCAUGUCUGCUUUUCAUGGGAAUGUCUUCAUCUAGCCGAGAGAUUCCUCAUCCUCGUCUGGUAACCCCAUCUCUAGCAUACACACAUACAAACAGACCCAAAGUGACUCAAAAUACUCCGGGAGAAGUAUUUGUCCAUGUCCAAUAAUGAUAGAGAAACAAAAGUACAAUGCAUGGGAUUAAAUCUCAUCUUUUCCUUAUUGUUCACCACCUUGAAUCUCCUCUUGUUCUUCUCCACCAGGAGGAAACAGAGGAGAGAUUUCAUUAUUUGCAGAUGCUGUGGCAACAUAGAUCCUGUCGCAAUCAAGCCACCAACACCGAUUUGAGAGUGUUAUUACCUUCGCAUUGAAAAUGUGGAAGGUUAUGUUUUGAUCGCCGUGUAUUUAUUUAUUUAUUUGUAUGCGUGUUAUUCGCAUAACACAAAAAGUAUUAAACCGAAUCGCAUGAAAUUUGGUGGGAUGAUUGGUUAUUAUCCAGGGACCAUUUGAUUAGAUUUUGGGAUCAAUCGGGUCAAAGGUCAAGGUCAUGAAAAGGUCAACAUCUUCUUUUUACCAUAGCACGGUCAAUUUUUAUCCAAUUGGCAUGCAACUAAUGCCAAAAUGUUCAUAAUUCAAUGCCCAAUCUUGUGAAAUGCGAAGGUAUGCGCUCUACCGAGUGCCCAUUCUAGUUGUUAUUAUGUUAUUGUUCUGUGUUAGCGAGGCCCUUCUUACUCUUAGUUGUUACUUUAACGAGGAAAUAAAUGGAUUUUGCCAGAAAUGUGAUAUUUAAAUAGAUCUUGGUAGCAUUAAAUGUUUUAUGGGGCUAUCUGAAGCCAGACGUACUGGCUUACUUGAAUGCAAAACACAUACACAAUGUGUAAAUAACCGUGACAAUUACCAAGGGUGCUAAGUAAUUAUGACAGACAAUGAAACUACACAUAAAGGUUGGGAAAUAAUAAUGCAUUGUAUUUUCAUUUCCACGUUCAUUUAGCUGUAGAAGUCAACAGUCGAGUAUCAUGCAAAGUCUCUCUGACUGAGGUCGUCUUCCAUGUAUUCUGCUCGUCAACAUCUCAGUACUUGCAUGCCAUGCCUUCUCCUUUUUCGUCUUUUAGGUGUAGUUAUGUUUAUACAGCACUCUGGUUGAUGUCUUCUGUGUCUGUAAGCAUCAAUUCUUUUUGGGGGUUGAACAUUAUAAAUCGUUUAAACGCCUUGAUAGCGUAGUCUUAGUAGAAAACGUUGUCAAACUCUAAAAUAAACAGCUGGUGUGCAGAUAA